AUGCAGGACUCUACCCUGGAAUCGCUUGGGCAAUGCCAAGGAAUGGUACGUACAAGCACACAGACAGGAGGGUUGGGUGCUGCUAACUGGGGACCCCAGGAGAUGGAGGACUUCUACUGCUUGGACGAGGACAAGGAAGGGGAGGAAGAAGAAGAGCAGAGCAGCCUUCCUUCCACGUUCCCCUUCAGCCCAGUGUUCCCUUCUCGAGGUGCUGCUGCGGCUUCCUCCUCUUUGCUCAACAUCAACGUUGGUGGCCGAAGCUACCGCCUCACCUACCAGGCGGUGGCCAUCUACCCCACCACUCGGUUGGGGCGCUUGGCCACAUCCACAGACCGGCGACGCCAGCUAGGCCUGUGUGACGAUUACGCCGCGCAGGGCGACGAGUACUUCUUCGACCGCGACCCCACCGUCUUCCAGCUAGUCUACAACUUCUAUGCCUCCGGCGUGCUGCAGGUGCGGGAUGAGCUGUGCCCGCGCAGCUUCUUGGAGGAGCUGAGCUACUGGGGGGUACGGCUCAAAUACACCCCCCGCUGCUGCCGCAUCUGCUUUGAGGAGAGGCGGGACGAGCUGAAUGAGCAGCUGAAGGUGCAGCAGGAGCUCCGGGCCCAGGCGGCGGCUCAGGAGAGCGAGUACCUCUUCCGCCACAUGCGGUACGCGUCGCAGCGCUGGCGCCUCUGGAACCUCAUGGAGAAGCCCUUCUCCUCCACCACGGCGAAGGCCAUGGGGGUGGCCUCCAGCUUCUUCGUCCUCAUCUCCGUGGUGGCGUUAGCUCUCAACACCGUGGAGGAGCUGCAGCACAGGGACAAAGCCAGCGGAGAGAUGCGGCCCAUGCUGGAGCACGUGGAGACCUUCUGCAUCGCCUUCUUCACCCUGGAGUACGUGCUGCGCCUGAUCUCCACCCCGGACCUGCGUCGCUUUGCUAGCAGUGCCCUCAAUGCCGUGGACCUGAUUGCCAUCCUGCCCCUCUACCUCCAGCUCCUUCUGGAACAUUUUGUGGACGAGGACCAGCCCCGGGGACAAGGCUCCCAACAUGAGCAUGACAUUGAGAAAGUGGGGAGAGUGGGGAAAGUCGGGCAGGUGCUGCGCAUCAUGCGCCUCAUGCGCAUUUUCCGCAUCCUCAAGUUGGCCCGCCACUCCACCGGGCUGAGAGCCUUUGGCUUCACUCUGCGCCAGUGCUACCAGCAGGUGGGCUGCCUCUUGCUCUUCAUUGCCCUGGCCAUCUUUGCCUUCUCUGCCAUGGUUUACACGGUGGAGCAUGAUGUCUCUAGCACCAACUUCACCAGCAUGCCCCACGCCUGGUGGUGGGCUGCCGUUAGCAUUUCUACAGUAGGAUAUGGGGACAUGUGUCCAGAAACCCAUCUUGGACGACUGUUCGCCUUUCUCUGUAUCGCUUUUGGAAUAAUACUGAACGGUAUGCCCAUCUCUGUCCUCUACAAUAAAUUCUCUGACUAUUACAUCAAGCUGAAAGCAUAUGAGUACACAGCUAUAAGGAAGGAAAGAGGGAAAGUGGAUUUUACACGACGAGCCAUGAAGAAGAUGUCUGAAUGCUGUGGAAAUAGGCAAGCACAAUUACCAAGGCACAGACACAAUUAA